GACUGCAGGAGAGUUCUAGUCUACUCGGUGCGACUCCGUGUUCUAUACACUCUUCCACAUCUUGGUUCUACUCUCACGCGCAAUCGUUCAAAUAAACGUACACACAUUUUUUUUUCUCCCUAAAACAUUUUUACAAGCCCUGUUUCCGUUGAUCACUUUCUUUUUCAUCAGUGGACUAGAUUUUAGAUCCAUCGAACGUAAACAAAUGAGGAGCAAUUCUAUCUUUUCUAUUCUGAUGCUAUUUUCUAUUCAUGGCCAGCACAGAACAGAAAGUCUGGAAGACAGGAAUAACGCUGACACUUUGAACGUUAGACAGAUAUUUAACUUAGAAUCGUCUCGACAGCCCAAUGAAAACCAAGAAGAAGAUAUCAAAGGCACAGGAAGUAACGAAGCGAAGGCGUUCCUUUACCAAAGAUUUUUGGGACAAGCAAGAAAAUUGACCAAAAGAAAAGCCACGAGACACGAAAGAUUCAGGUGGACACAGGCAACCAUUCCAUAUGAGUUUGUACCAGGAGAUUUUAAUUCCACUGAGAUAGAUCGUAUCAGAGCGGCCAUGUAUGCCUGGUCCAGUAAGACUUGCCUUACAUUCAGGGCUGCCAGAUCUUCAGACGUAAAUAAAAUUAAAUUCAAGAAUGGCUAUGGCUGUAAUUCAAUGGUUGGAAUGGUUGGUGGAACACAAAUUAUUAGUUUAGCAGCAGCCGGAUGUCGCAAUGACGGCAUGUACCUUCAUGAACUAGGUCACGCCAUCGGCCUGGUCCACGAGCAUCAGCUGCCCGAAAGAGACGAGUAUAUCCACAUCAACGUGGACAAUGUCCAGCCUCACAUGCAGGACUGGUACGAGAAGUACUCGAGCGAGGACGUCAACAACUAUGGUGUCCCGUAUGAAUAUUCGUCAGUCAUGCAUUACGGAUUAAAUGACUUUGCCAGGGACCAACACAAGCAGACAAUAUUCGUCCAAGACAGGACACGGGAACACGAAGUAGGAGAAGUCUGGAGGAAAGGACUGUCCUUCACUGACAUCAAAGUGGUCAACCUGAUGUACAAGUGUAACAAGAAUUGCGCACCCAAUCAACGAUGCAAAGAGCCAGGAUACCUGGACCGAUGGUGCCGAUGCGUAUGUCCACCGGAAGUUGAUUGUACCAAAGAGGGGCAUGGUCUUCGAGUGGGAGGUGGUUGGGGGAUAGGUUCAGACUGUAGAAAUUCUUGGAAAGACGAGGACUGUAUAGCCUGGGCCAAACGCGGGGAAUGCCAGGGGAACCCGAUCUGGAUGAAAACAAACUGUAGGAAGGCCUGUGAGAAAUGCGCUAAAAACUGCAGUAACGUGUGGCCAGAUGAGGACUGCAGCAAAUGGGCUGCCCGCGGGGAAUGUUCAAAAAACAAACAGUGGAUGGUAAAACAUUGUAAAGAAAGUUGUGGAGGCUGUGGUACAGGUUUUAAUUUGACAUCACUGACCAACUGGACACUAGUAGAAAUACUAAAUGGCACGGACGAUGAAACCAACGUUACGUCUGGACUAGAUCUUCUGGACGAUAAUGCUUCUAACAGUACUGACCUUGACAGAAGUCCUUCCACAUUGGUUACAUCCCAUACCAUCACUGACAUCACGUCUACCAGCACAGCAGGUUGUUCUAACAUCUGGCCAGACAGAGACUGUAAAAGAUGGGCAGAGAAAGGGGAAUGUAUUCUAAAUAAAAAAUGGAUGGAAAAAAAUUGUUCCAGAAGUUGCCACAUUUGUCACACAGAAUGCAGCAACAUAUGGCUGGAGUCAGAUUGUACUAAAUGGGCAGCUCGAGGUGAAUGUAAUCUGAACAAAAACUGGAUGGAGAAAAACUGUAAAGAAAGUUGUAAAGUUUGUCAAAGAGAUUGUACUAAUGUCUAUUCCAAUACUGACUGUGACAAGUGGGCUAUUAGUGGAGAGUGCUCUGCAAACAAAAAUUGGAUGGAAACCAAUUGUAGGCAAAGCUGUGAAGUUUGUUUAUCAGACUGUCAGAACAUAUGGCCAGAUACAGACUGCAAAAAAUGGGCAGACAAAGGAGAGUGUUCAGCUAAUUCAAAAUGGAUGGGAAAAUAUUGUAGGCGGAGUUGUGAUGCUUGCAACAAAAAUUGCUCCAAUAAGUGGUCAGACACAGAAUGUUACGACUGGGCAGAUAGAGGAGAAUGUGAAAGAAAUGAACAUUGGAUGAAGGAAAACUGUUUUAAAAGUUGUGGAGAAUGUGCUGCAGGUUGUACUAAUGUUUGGCCAGAUUUCAACUGUAACAAGUGGGCAGAUAGAGGGGAAUGCACUCACAACAAAGAGUGGAUGGACAGAAACUGUAAAGAAAGUUGUGGGACCUGCAAAACAGGCUGUGUGAACAUUUGGCCAGAUAAGGAUUGUGACAAGUGGACAGAAAAUGGUGAAUGCAAAGCUAAUGCAAAGUGGAUGAAGAAAAAUUGUAAACAAAGUUGCAGGUUUUGUAAAUUAGUUAAUGGCACUGUUAAUGAAAGAAAAAGUUGGUACAAUAAUGAUACACUGGAUUCCAUUGAUGUUUAUGAUGAGAGUAAUCUUUUUGCUGUGGACAACAUAACAGAUUUAGGAAAUGACAACAUCAAAGAAUAUUCUGGUGAGGAGGAGGAUUUUGUUAAUGAGGAUUCUUCAGGUCUUUCAAACUUAUCAACAUUGAUGAUAAACCUGACAACAGUUUCCCCAACACCAAUCACAAGAAAAAUGAAGAAGUGUGGCAACAUCUGGUCCGAUGAAGACUGCAGUAAAUGGGCACUUCGUGGGGAGUGUUCAUUAAACAAAAAGUGGAUGGAGAAAAAUUGUAAAGAAAGUUGUCAAAAGUGUUCCCAAAAUUGCACUAAUAUCUGGCCAAAUAAGGAUUGUGAUAAGUGGGCCAGUCGUGGUGAAUGUGAAAUUAAUACUAAAUGGAUGGAAAGGAAUUGCAUACGAAGCUGUGAUGCUUGCAAUCAAGAUUGCUCUAACGUUUGGCCAGAUACAGACUGUAUUAGAUGGGCUGAUCGUGGCGAGUGCUCUACCAACCAACUUUGGAUGGAGACAAACUGUAUGAGGAGCUGUGCAGCUUGUAAUAUGGAUUGUUUCAAUAUAUGGCCUGAUGCAGAUUGUAAGAAAUGGUCAGAGCAAAACGAAUGCUCUAAAAAUCAAAAGUGGAUGCAGACAAACUGCAGGCUUAGUUGUGAUGCUUGCAAUUUAAAUUGCUCCAACCGAUGGAACAGUUCACAGUGCACUCAGUGGGCUGAUCAAGGGGAAUGCUCUAGCAACAAAAACUGGAUGGAACAGAAUUGUAAAGAAGCUUGCAAAGUGUGUCAAUCAAAUCUGGGCCUGAAUGAAACAAUAACAUAUGGACUGAUGAACACUUCUGUUGACAAUGAGGACAAUAACACACUAUUGAAUCAAGAGAGCUUAGAGUUUUCUGGUGACCAUGAAGCUGAUAUAGGACAAGAAAAUGAUGUAGGUCAAAAUCAUAUCACCAUUACUGGACUUUUAUCUCAUCCUAAGUCUCUUGGUUCACAAAUCAAGCAGCUCUCAGCAUCAUCAUUAUUAAAAAAUGUAGCAAAGGUUUAUGGUGUUGUGCUUCCUGCUGUAGAAGGAGUUGGAUCAACAAAGAUGGUAGAUGAACUAACAGUUGUAGCAUCCUCAACAUCUAAAACAUUUAGAAAUACUAGAACAAAAACACAACAAGGAUAUUUGUCCACACUCUUGGCCACAUUGUCUUCAACAUCUUCAGUGUCUUCUGCAACCCAAACAUUAUCUCCAGCAUCAAUAUCAUCUGCUUCAUCUACAACUGGUGCAGCGACUUCCCACAGGACUACUUCACCAGCACAAUCAACCACAUCACCACCAGCUUUGUCCUCCAUAAGAUCAACAUCAGUUAGAGCAUUUAGCCAGUUCUCUGUGAAAUCCACUCCUUUAUUAAAGCAGACCUCAGCCAGCAGUACUAAAGUGCCCUGUUUUAACAGAUGGCACAACAGAGACUGUGAGCUGUGGGCCCAACGAGGACACUGCAGGAUUAACCCAAGCUGGAUGUUAAAACAUUGCUCCAAGUCGUGUUUCUCUUGUUGACAAGAAAAUAUUUAGAUACACAAGUCCUUCAUUAUUUAAUGUCUUCUUUUUAUAUUUAAUGUAUUUGUCUUUCUUGUUUUCAUGUUACUUUGAUUUAUAAUCAAUUUGAUACACUUAUUACUAUCCACUCAGGAAGGGAAUGGCAGUUUAUUUUUUUUUAUAUACAGUCAUUACAUUGCUAGUGGAACAUAGUUAAAAAAGAGAAAUAUAAAUGAAUCCUCCCAGGAGGCAUCUUUGGUAAUUAAAGCAAAUUUUUUUAACUACCAGCUGUGUCCCCAAGGGAGAUAGAUUUGAAGAGUUAUUCUUUAGACACAUCUGCUUAAUUAGCUAAUAAAGUUUAAACCUUGAUUUCUUGUGCGGGGCAACAAAACUGUUUCAAUUUAUUUUUUCCUGGCACAUCAAAUCAAUGUGGACAAUUAUAUUAGCUUACAAUAGCUUAACUAAUUUUCAAAAGUAACCUUCCUAAAAAUAUUGCUGUAUUUUAAUGGUUAAUAUCUUGUUAAACUUUAUUUUUGUACAUAUCUCAACCUGCUGUUGCAGAAUCACUAAGAGAAAAAUAUUUGGCAUUAACAUUUAGAGUUUGUAAACAGCAGUAUUAAAGUGUUGUUUUUUUUGUUAAUACCCAAGAUAAAAUCUUGGACAUAAGUUAAUUUUUUUUAACAGGGACCAGAGGGGUGUCAGAUUAUCAAAUACAGAUUACCAAAGGUUAGCUGUACUUAAAGAAUUUAGCCUCUUAAUACCUCUUGAUAGUUUCUCAUUUUUCAGGAGAUAAAGUUUUAUGCUUUUGCCAUCAUACAAGUGGAACAAAAACUUGAACAUUAAACAAUGUGUCAGGUCAACUGUCUAAUCACAGAACCACAAUCCAGAAUGUUUCAGUACUGAACACAGUAAGAAGCAGAUGAGAAGAGGGGAGACUUGAGUCUCAAAACAUGUGCACCUGCAGCAUACAUUGUAGCCAAUUAUUGAGUGUCUCAGAUUAAAACAGAUUAUUUAGUGUCAAGUCAGUGUCACAUCUUAUCUUAUAUAAUACAGACGUUACUUCAAAAAAGAAGAUGAUUACGUCCUACGCGUCAUGCAUAUUAACCAAUGAACUAAAUUCUGCCAAGUCACUGGUUUUCUUGGCUAGCUCAGGCAACCCAUUCCAUGCUCUAAUAGCACUAGGGAAGAAGGAGUAUUUGUACAAAUUUUUAUAUUCUUUUUAUACCCCUCCCCCCUUUUUCAACCCUUGGUAACUAUGGGGGAAGAUGAUGUAAAGGUCAUGUUUCUGUGGCUCACGCUUCGUGAGGGUAUCAUUUGGCCAAUACAGCGACCAACUGCCUUUACUUUCCCUAAGUAAUGUCAGAUACCCAUUAGAGAUGGAUGGACUCUAAAGAUCCUGAAAGUAAAAAUCCCAGUUUUUACCAGGAUUCAAACCCACAACCCCCAGCAUGGAUGGCAAGUGCUUUACCACUCAGCCUUUUAUAUUGAUAAUUAUUUAUUUUGAUGGAACAGAUUUUUUCAUGACACAUAUUAAGCUACAAUGUAAAUACUCAAUCUGAAUUAAAACAGCCUUAAAAAAACUCUUAUGAAAUCAUUUGUACACAAAUUAUUUUUUU